AUGCUAGCUGCAGCCUUAGAGUUUAGGGAAGUCUUUCCAAGAUAUGGAGAUAGAGAUCAAGGCUUUAAUAAUGUUCCAAGUGUUGAGGAUUGGACCAAAGUGGAAAAUGUCUGUCAAAUUUUGGCAGUUUUUAAUGAGGUUACAAAUAUUAUCUCAAGAACUGAGUAUCCAACUGCUAACUUAUUCCUUCCUGAGGUAUGGAGAAUAAAAGAGGUGUUGAACAAGAAGUCUCUUGACCUAAAUGAUUACAUACGAGCAAUGGUUGUGAAGAUGAAUACAAAAUUUGAUAAAUAUUGGGGGGAAUGUAAUUUGCUUAUGGCAGUGACUGCUGUUUUGGAUCCAAGGUUCAAGAUGAUGCUAGUUCAAUUAUGUUUUCCAAUAAUUUAUUCAGAACCCGAAGCCACUAGAAACAUAGACACCAUAUUGAGAAUCUUAUAUGAGCUGUAUGAUGAGUAUGCUGAAGAUUAUAAUUUAGCUAAUGUGGAGUCGAGUGGACAUGAAAAUGCUCGAGACAUAGGUUCUUCUUGUAGUGGCUCUAUCAAUAUUGUGGGGAAGAAUGUGAUGAGUGGCAAGUCUAUAUUUGAAUCAUUCAUUAGAAGGAAUGAUACCAUUCGUCCAGUGAAAUCUGAUUUGGAUGUUUAUUUAGAGGAAGGUGUCUAUAUUUGUAGUGAGGAUUCUGAUUUACAUUUUGAUGCCUUAGAGUGGUGGAAGGUUAAUGAUCUAAAAUACCGCAUUUUAUCUAAGAUGGCACGUGAUAUUUUGUCAAUUCCAAUUACUACAGUGGUUUCAGAAUCUACAUUUAGUACUGGUGGUAGAGUAAUUGAUCCUUAUCGCGCAUCAAUGUCUGUUGAAACAGUAGAAAUGUUAUUAUGUGGAGCUGACUGGGUUCGGAUACUUCAUGGUUUGAAAAAAUCAUCGAAUGUUGAUGGUGAUUGGCAUUUGGCUAGUUUUUAA